AUGUUACCAACGUCCAACCGACUCCUCAGACAAUUCACCGACAAAGAUAAUCCACCGCCAAAGAAAGCCCCAAUCAGACGGUCAAGAAGCGUCAGCGCUUUCUCAAGGACCAGCCUUGACGCCUCCGCUGAAAGUUUCCUGAACAAAAGAGACAACCCUCUUUUCUGGUCUACUGACCCCCAAGCCGUUGACUCUCAGAACCUAGUCAAACCCGCCAAAUUCGACUCUGUAACGUCGAAAGAUUCGAGACCUGCCACCUCCACUGGCGCUGAUACUAGAAGGGGCCGAUCCGCUGCGCGGAAUGCCGACACCUUGGGGACCCGGAAGGAGGUGGGUCGGAGCUUGUCGAGGGUCGACCCGGGACGCCGGAACCGCUCGGUUUCGCGUGGUCCGGAUUCCAGAGGGAGUUUCGUCAAUCCCAAGAGUGAGGAUGAACAAGAAUGCGGCUCAUUGAGUAAAUUGGGCAAUGAUAGGAAAAAGGGUGGUUUAGUUAGAAGUAGUUCUGCUCUGUUGGAUCAGGUGAAAGGCCUGCGGACGUGGUCCAGUCAGCAUUCGCAGGAAUUGGAUGCAAAUUUGUCUUCGUCACAGUCUCUAAAUUGGGAAGAUGGAGUUUCGGUUGCAAGUUCUUUGUCUGGAGCUGAAGAGAAGACUGUUAAAGCAGUUUGUGAACAGUUGAAUGUGAACUGCGGGCGUCCUUUCAAUGAUUUGUCAGUUCAAGAGAAUCAUUUGGAAGGGGAUACCACAACCAGUAGUAUAUAUGAAACAGUUCGUUCUGAAGUGCGAAGAGCUAUAUCUGAGAUUCAAAACGACCUUGCAAGUGCUAUGCAAAGGAGUAAUACUCCAGCACUUGCAAAUACUGACAUUUCUGAUAUCCCUCCUGACCUGGUAAAUCCAAGUGCAGUUGAAUUAGUUUUGGACAUCAGAAGAGAAUAUGCCAAAAAGCUGGAGCAGUCACAGGAACGCGCUAGAAAACUUCAAUCAGAUCUGGCUGUUGAGGAGCACCGUGCACAAGAGCUCAGCAGAAUUCUGAAGGAAGUUCUUCCAGAUCCCAAGACCCCUAGUGUGCCAAAGUCUCGCCCAGGAAGAAAAGCUAGCAUUGAAAGAAGAAAGAUGUCCAAACGUCUAACGGAUGAAGCCAUGGCUUAUUUUGAUGAGUGUGUAUCCCUAUCAACUUUUGACAGUUCCGACUUCUCAUCCCCAGAGGACCCACCAUUCAACUUAACUGGCUUUACUACCCCAGUCAGAAAAGGCUCAUCUUUACUCCAAGCAAAUUCAGUUGCUUCAGUCACCAAUAGCUCGAACUUUUGCCUCAAUGAUUUAAAGGAGUUGAACAUCGAACGUCAGUUUUCCAAUGAACGGCGUGCUUCAGGACUGAUGGCCAGCGGUGGUCCCAGGGAGCCAGCUCUGAAUCAAAUUAGUCCUAACAGUGCCAAGAGAGGCCAGGAUUGGAAGUUCUCGUUUGCUCAGAAGCCAACAGCAGAAACCCUUGAUCUUCAACAGGACAUUAAGAAGUAUGUCCGACAUUUUGAGAAAGGAAAUGAGAAAGAUGACACGGAAUUGCAGAUUGUACGAUCAAACUAUUGUGAUUUGGGUGACUAUAAAUUGCAGGCUGCAGCACAAAGCUAUAUGUUCGACAGGGUCUUGUUUAGAAACAGAAUACAGACGGGUGGUAUUUUACUCUGCGGUACUGGUAUUUCGAACCCCUUUUCCCCUUUUGCUUCAUUUGUUUGAGAUUAUGGUCUGAGGCAGAGCCAUAAAUCGAACAAUAGGCAGAAAUAGAACAAUGUCUUCAGAGGUGAAGUUGGGUGUACUUAGGUUUUUUUUUUUUUUUUUUUAUCUUCUUUGUUAAAAUUUUGUAAAAAGGUGUAAUUUGUAUUGGAGGCCCGGGAAGGACAAGGGCGAUAGUCGAGAUCUGGCACGUGUGUGAAGGUAAAAGAGAGUGGUUUGAUGUUAAAAACAUUUACACACCGGUGUAAUUUCCGUCCUUAGUCGCUUUGUGGUGUUGAAUGUAAACUUGUACCAAAAAUGGUUUAAUGAAAUGAAGUGUGUGGUUGCAU